AUGGAAAAACAAAAUCUCACAGUGGUUACUGAAUUCAUCUUGAUGGGUAUCAGUGAGCGCCCUGAACUACAGGCCCCAUUGUUUGGACUAUUCCUGGUCAUCUACAUGAGCUCAAUGGUGGGAAACUUGGGCAUGAUCAUCCUCACUACAGUGGACUCCAGGCUACAAACACCCAUGUACUUUUUUAUCAGACACCUGGCUAUCACAGAUCUCGGUUAUUCUACUGCUGUGGGACCCAAGAUGUUGAUAAAUUUUCUUGUAGAUAUAAACAUAAUCUCCUAUAAUUUUUGUGCUACACAGCUAGCUUUCUUUCUUGUGUUUAUAAUUAGUGAACUUUUUAUUCUGUCUGCAAUGUCCUAUGAUCGCUAUGUGGCCAUAUGUAAGCCUCUGCUCUACACUGUCAUCAUGUCACAAAGGGUGUGUAAUGUACUGGUGGCAAUCCCCUACUGCUAUUGCACAUUUGUUUCCCUUCUAGUCACCAUAAAGAUUUUCACUUUGUCUUUUUGUGGCUACAAUGUCAUCAGUCAUUUCUACUGUGACAGUCUCCCCUUGAUAUCUUUGAUCUGCUCAAACACUCAUGAAAUUGAAAUGAUUAUUCUGGUCUUGGCAGCUUUUAAUUUGAUUUCCUCUCUCCUAGUUGUUCUUGUGUCCUACCUGUUCAUCCUCAUAGCCAUUCUCAGGAUGAACUCUGCUGAGGGAAGACGCAAGGCUUUCUCCACCUGUGGGUCUCAUCUGACAGUGGUCACUGUCUUCUAUGGGACUUUGAUAUUCAUGUAUGUGCAGCCCCAAUCCAGUCACUCCUUUGACACUGACAAAGUGGCUUCCAUCUUUUACACCCUGAUCAUCCCCAUGUUGAAUCCCUUGAUCUACAGCUUGAGGAACAAAGAUGUAAAAUAUGCCCUACAGAGGACAUUGAGAAAGAUAGAUAGCAUAUUUUCUUAA